AUGGAACUGGACAGUGAGCGGAAGGAGCUGCUGUUGAAAACGCUGAUGGAGCUGGGGGAAGACGACUUCAAGGCCUUCAAAUUCUUCACGGACCUGCCUCAAAGGGUACUUGGAACCCACAGCCCGGUGGACAUUGCGUACGAGCUGGUGAAGAAGCACGGCGAGAAAACUCUGGAGGAGACCAUCAAGAUUCUAGAAAAGAUCGGAAACAAGAACUUGGCCGAGAUGUUGCGUCGCAACAUGCUGGAAAUAAGAGGCGCCGUCUUCUCCGUCCAUGAUGACAAUCAGAUUGCCAGAUUGAAGGCAGACCUGCAAGGAAACCUGCAGAGUUUGUACAGCUUUGUUCCCGAGGGCAACACCGAGCGCUGGCAGCAGCAGCCAUUGGCGGACGUCUACACGGAGCUGGACGUCACCUACGGGGCCGACGUCAGACCAAACGAGCGGCACGAGGUCCUUCAGAUGGAAACGCGUGGCACCGCGGCCAAGGAGUCUAUCCUGCCGUGCGACAUCUUCAAAAGCCACGACGGAAAGGAGCGACCGAUACGCACGCUGCUCACCGUCGGCUUCGCGGGAAUCGGAAAAACCUUCCUGGUUCAAAAGUUUGUGUGCGACUGGGCCAGCGGAAAUACAAACCAGGACGUGCACUUCAUAUUUCCCUUCACCUUCCGCGAAUUGAACAUGGACGAAGGGAAAAGCUUUACGCUGGCAGAGCUUAUUCGGCGCUACGUUUGCGAGAGCAGGCACAUGAGCGAGGAGACGCUGAACGAGAUAUUAGCCAACCUGCAGACGUCUGGGAAGCGGGACUACGAAAGCAGCGGGAUCAAGAUCUUGUUUGUCCUGGACGGACUGGACGAAUGCAAGUUCAAAAUGGACUUGAAGAAUCAGAUGAAAGUAGAUGUGGAUGUGAAGAAGGCUUACCCACUGGAGGUGCUCCUGGCGCACCUUAUCAAGAGAAACCUGCUUCCGUGUGCCCGGGUUUGGAUCACCACGCGGCCCGCAACGGCCCGCGACAUCCCCUCCGACCUCAUCGACAGCAGAACAGAGGUGAGAGGAUUCAGCGAUUACCAGAGGCUGGCGUACUUCAGGAAAAAGUUCCCAAAUGAGGAGCGUGUCAUUGAGCACAUCCGGAAAACUCGGACCAUCUUCAUCAUGUGCCACCUGCCCAUAUUCUGCUGGCUAACCGCCACAGUUCUUCAGGAUCAUUUGGACAAAGGGAAGGAGGUUGAGCUUCCUACAACGCUGACCGACAUGUACUCUGAGUAUAUUUUGAACCAGCUGGAAAACUCCAAGGAGAGACUGAAGACUGAGUACAUCAGUGACGUGAAAGCGCUAGCAAAGCUGGCCUUUCACCACACCAUGAGUAACCGUCAGAUCUUCUACGAGAAGGACCUGGCGGAUAGCGGCUUUGAUUACAGCCAAGCCGCAAAACACUGCGGAAUAUUCACACAGGUGUUUAAGGAGGUCCGACCACUCAGAAGAAACCAACAGGGCAAGAUGUUUCAGUUCAUCCAUCUGACCAUCCAGGAGUAUCUGGCCGCAUUCUACGUGAUUAUGAGCCUCUUCCACGACGACAAGAAUGUACUGGCUGAUUCAGAGCUGGGCAUGGAAGGGGCUUUCCAAGAAGAAGACAAGCCAGAAGAAUUAGAAGAAACAGAAUCAGAAGAUGAAGAAUCAGAAGAAGAAGAAACAGAAGAUGAAGGUGAUUGGAAAAUCACUGAGGUCCACCAGUCAGCUCUCCAGAAAGCUUCGGAGAGUAAAGGAAACCUGGACCUGUUCCUCCGCUUCCUCAUUGGCCUUUCCUUGCCAUGCAACCAGGAACUAGUGGGGGAAAUGCUGAAGGCUCCUAAGGACAGCAGGCAAAGCAAGUCAAAGACAGUCAAGUUAAUCAAGGAACAGAUAAAACGGAACACCCCAGAGAACAACAUCAACUUGUUCUACUGCUUAAAUGAGCUGAAAGACGACUCAUUGUUGAAGCAGUUCCAGAAGAAAAAAGGUUCGAAAAAACACUUGAAGUGGCACAAAAUGCCAAAUGCCAUGUGGUCAGCCCUGGUCUUCUUCUUACUGACUGACGACAAAACCAUGAGGUCUUUUGACCUGUCGAAAUACGCCUCAUCGCCUUUGGGUCUCGAGAAGCUUUUGGUGGCUGUCAAGGCUUCUCAAGAAUCAGUGUUGUCACAGUGCCAGAUAACAGAGAAAGGAUGCAUUUCAUUGGCCGAGGCUCUCAAGUUAAAUCCCUCCCAUCUUCAAGAGCUGGACCUGAGCCAUAACAAUCUGUCGGACGAGGGGGUUGAGAUCAUCUCUAAAGGAUUGGCCAGUCCAAACUGCAUCUUACAAAUCUUGGGGUUAAAACACUGCAAGAUCACGAAGCGAGGAUGCGUUUAUUUGGCCGAGGCGCUCACGUUAAACCCCUCCCAUCUUCAAGAGCUGCACCUGUGCGGUAAUGAUCUGUCGGACAAGGGGGUUGAGAUCCUCUCAAAAGAAGUGGCCAGCCCACACGGCAUCUUAAAAGUCCUCAAGGCGUCAUGGUGCAGGAUCACGAAAAAUGGAUGUGUUUUUUUGGCCGAAGCUCUCAAGUUAAACUUCUAUCUUCGAGAACUGCACUUAGAGGGUAACAAUCUGUCGGACGAGGGGGUUGAGAUCCUCUCGAAAGAACUGGCCACCACACACUGCAUCUUAAAAGUCCUCAAGCUGGAACACUGCAAGAUCACGAAGCGAGGAUGCGUUUUUUUGGCCGAGGUUCUCCAGAUAAACCCCUCCCAUCUUCAAGAGCUGGACCUGAGCUGCAACGAUCUGUCAGACGAGGGGGUCAAGAUCCUCUUGAAAGGACUGGCCAGCCCACACUGCAUCUUACAGGUCCUCAAGCUAAGAAAAUGCGGAAUCACGAAGCGAACAUGCGUUUCAUUAGCUGAGGCUCUCAAGUUAAACCCCUCACAUCUUCAAGAGCUGGACCUGAGCUCCAACGAUCUGUCGGAUGAGGGGGUUGAGAUCCUCUUGAAAGGACUGACCAGUCUACACUGCAUCUUACAGGUCCUCAAGCUAGACACUUGUAACCUGGACAAAGGCAGCUGUCACCUGCUGGCCUCCGUUCUCAGCUCUCCAUCCAACCUGAGGCAUCUGGACCUGAGCUGCAACGAUCUAUCGGACGAGGGGGUCGAGAUCCUCUCGAAAGGACUGGCCAGUCCACACUGCAUCUUGCAAGUCUUCGAGAUGUCAUGGUGCAAGAUCACCAAUAAAGGAUGCGUUUCAUUGGCCAAGGCCUACAAGUCAAACCCCUCCCAUCUUCAACAGCUGCACAUCAUGUGCAAUCCAUUGGGAGAAAAAGGAAAGAGGCUCUUAAUUGACAUCCAAGAGGAUCCCAGCUAUAGCCUGACGACUGUCAAGCUAGACAGUUGUAACCUGGACAAAGGUAGCUGUCACCUGCUGGCUUCCGUCCUCAGCUUUCCAUCCAAACUAAGGCAUCUGGACCUGAGGCAUAACAAUCUGUCAGACGAGGGGGUCGAGAUCCUCUCAAAAGGACUGGCUCUCAAGUUAAACCCCUCCCAUCUUCAAGAGCUGGACCUGAGCUCCAACAACCUGUCAGACGAGGGGGUGGAGAUCCUCUCGAAAGGACUGGUCAGUCCACACUGCAUCUUAAAAGUCGUCCACACGGACAAGGAAAUCAGGUCCUCCAGAUUCGACGAAUCGUCCCGGGCCGCUAACUCGUCCUUCACCGCAGAAGACAGCCCACGCCGAAAAAUCCCACACAGCGCCGCUUCUCCAAAACCGCACUCCGCGGCCAAAAUUCCCCGGGUCAUCAAACCCACAGUGUUUGAGUCACUCAAAGGGCAAAGAGAGGACAGAAAAGACAAGACGGAAAGCUUAUGGACCUCUUUGCACAACCCGCACCUGGGAUCCCUCCUGGUGUGGUAUUUCUGGGCCUCUAUUGCUCUGGUGCUCAAGGCCUGCUCCUGUGCUGUCUUUCAGUAA